GGCGACCACAGAGCUGCAUCAACAUGCUGGAAAGAAGGCAGAAACUGAGCUCCUGUCUGCUGGUAAUGAUAUUUCUCUUCAGCUCGGGCAAGAGCAGGCCUCAUGACGUCGACGACGGAGGAAGCUCAGAGGGUCAGCGGGACCUGUUGUUGGCGGCGGUGAAGGCUGGGAUCUUGAACUCUCUGGGCAUGGACAAAGAGCCACGGCCAACCCAGAAGGCCUCAGAAGGACAGCUGCAAAGAAUGUACCAGCUGUACAGAGCAACGUUGAGAGGGAUGAGAGGGAACUCCAGCCAGCCUUCGAGGGAACCUUCAGCCACAUCAACUGUGCUUUUUCCAACCUCAGUGGACGAGCUGCAGCGUGAAGACCACACUGAGUCAGGUGUGCAGUGGUACAGGGCUGUCUUCCUCAGGAACCCAAACAUCCAGGCGGCGCUGACUCUGACUCGAGCCAAACUGAAAAUUUCCCGGCAGAUUUUAAAUAAACGCUCAUCUUUCCGGAGAGAAGACUUUAAAGUUGAAGUCAAGCAGGUGAAAUCUGCUGACACGGCACUUUCAGUGGUGUCAGCGAACAUCUCCAGCUCUCAAGAUGUGACACUGGACAUCCGACCAACUGUGGCAGGAUGGCUGAGGGGAGAUGACGGUCAGCCGCUGCUUGUAGACGUCAGAAUGCCUGUGGAUGAAGACAACAACGGAGCAAGGCCCACUAUCUCUCUGGAAUUAAGCCAUCGUGUCCCAACCCCGAGCAAAAGAAGACGGCUCCCUCGCUCCAACAAAGAAGACGACUGCAACGAGCAAGGAUGGUGCUGCCGGAAGUCCAUCACACUGUCGUUCAAAGACAUCGGGUGGACCGACUGGGUUGUGGCGCCGACUGAGUACACAAUGCAUCUCUGUGAUGGAAGCUGCCCCCAUAAUUAUAAACCAGCCAGCAUGCACACGCAGGUGAAGUCCCGUCUCCAUCAGAUCAUGAAAGGCAGGACUCCUCACCCCUGCUGCGUGCCAGCCGCCUACGAGCCCAUGGUCCUCAUGCAUUACGACAGCAGGGGGAAGUUGAAACUGACCAGAUUCAACGACUUCAUCGUCAGCAAAUGUCACUGUGCCUGAAGGAAGUCCUGAGUGAACUCUAAUUUAUUGAACUUUAGUGAACUUUAAAUAUUUAAACUCCUCCUUCGAAAUCAGAGGAGCCACAGAAGCAACAUCACACUGAGGAAUAGCAUUAAGACGAAUUUCUGAAAAACUCUAUUCACACACCUUGUCAGAUUAAGCAGUUUAGGAGAUCAAAACUUCUUCAUAUAAUCCUUGAAAUACAGCGCUAAUGUUCUACUCCAACAGCCCAGAAAUGGAUGGAUGCGAGGCACUAUGUCGAUUUUUACUUGAGUAUAAAAGGAAUGUUCUGAUAUAUAUUUAUUUAUUGCAAAUAUGUAUUUAUUAUUUGAAGUACUGUAAGUGGUUUCGUUGCAAA